AUGAAGACCAUCGUGUUUAUUGGGGGCACCGGCGCGCAAGGGAGUGCCAUUAUCAAGAUUCUCUCUUCGACCAAUGAAUACAAAAUUCUCGCCCUGACACGUAGCACUACUUCGUCAGCCGCCCAGGAUAUUGGACAUCUUCCCAAUGUGGAACUGAUCGAAUCCAAAGCAACGUUCGGUUAUGACGUUGACCAAUUCUCUAAGGCUGCUCAACGAUCCGACUACGCCUUCAUCAACACUGAUGGUUUCGCCCUUGGAGAGCAAGCUGAGACAUACUGGGGCAUUCGGCUUUUUGAGUUGUCUGCCAAAGCUGGCGUGAAACACCUCAUCUGGAGUGGUCUCGACUACAACGGAAAGAAGACUGGAUACGAUCCAAAGCUCUACGUCGGGCAUUAUGAAGGGAAGGCGAGAGUCACAGAAUGGAUGCGGUCUCAGGGAACCAGUCCAAUGGGUUGGACCGUGAUCAAUUCAGGACCCUAUAUUGAAAUGCUUUGGGAGCUCCUUCUCCCGCAAAAGGGCAAUGACGACGUGUACAGGUUCAUGCUACCUCUCUCCAAAGGGGCUAUUCCCUUCGUCCACCUCGACGACUUUGGGCGCUAUGUUGCAUGGAUAUACGCCAAUCGCGCCGAGGCAAACGGCAUGGUCCUCGGCAUUGCUAUUGCCCAUGUUUCAGGUCCUGAACUUGCCCGAGCCUUCACAGCUGCAAGUGGCAAGAAGGCUGAAUAUGUCGAUGUGCCCGCAGAAGAGCACUCUGAGAAACGCUGGAAGCAUUUGCCGAAGGGUUCGAACACCAAGGUUGGAUCUGCGUCUGUCAAAGACGAUAACGCUCUCUUGCAGACGUUUGGAGAGAACUUCAUCAAUUGGUGGCACCUGUACCAGAAUAGUGCAGACAACAAAGGGGUGAUCCAGCGCGACUAUGCUUUGCUGGACCGGAUUCUGCCUGACCGGGUCAAAAGUGCUGAAGAGUGGAUGAAGAAGGUUGGGUAUGAUGCCACCAGGCGUAUCGUCCUCAGGUCCUCGGAACGGAGGCCUCCAGCGUAG